AUGGCCCCUAAGAGCAAGAAGGCUGGCGACACCAUCGCCUCGCGCCUGGCGCUUGUGAUGAAGAGUGGAAAGGUCACUCUUGGCUACAAGACUACUAUCAAGACCCUGCGUUCCGGCAAGGCCAAGCUGGUUAUCAUUGCCGCCAACACUCCUCCCCUCCGCAAGUCUGAGCUCGAGUACUACGCUAUGCUCGCCAAGACUCCAGUUCACCACUUCUCUGGCAACAACAUCGAGCUGGGAACUGCCUGCGGUCGUCUCUACCGCUGCUCCACCAUGUCCGUCCUUGAUGCUGGUGACUCCGACAUCCUUACUGCCCAGUAA